AUGGCCGGUCCGACGGCGCAGCCCAUCAUCACAGCGGAGGUGCCGGUGCCAUCAGAGCCAUCCAGAACAUCCGCGCCUUCAGCACCUUCCAAAUCAGCCGCCGACCGGAUGGAAGGGAAUGGUCGUGGGAAGAACCGAUUCAGCUUGAACGCGCUGCGCCUGCCUUUCUCCUCGCCCCGCAAGAAAAGUGUCGAUCUGCCAAAGCAAGAUGCGGAGUCUCCGACCAGCUCCACCUCUGCCUCGCUAGCCAGCUCCAGCACAGCAGUCACCGUGGUUCCACCUACUGCCGACGAGCACCCCGCACCGACCAAUGCGCUUCGCCCGAAACGCUCGACUUUAGCCGCUGCGGCCGAUGUGUCGUCUAGCAGUGCAGCCAGGGCCAUGUCGCCUCAUCGCGUCAGCUUCAGCCCGUCUACAGAGGAGAAGGCUGAAGCCAGAGAUCAAGCGCUAUCACUCGCAGCUCCGACUGGGACAGAAGAGGCAGCCGGGCCGAAGAGCAACCGCGACGACGUCCACCCAGUCAAGUCGAAAGGCAAUCUGAAGCCGGGCAAAUGGCGCGGAUUCAAGUCGCAUUCGACAUCGGAUCUCACCACAACCACACGCAGGCUGAGUGUCGAUUCGACAGUGAGUGACAACAGCAUCGCAAGCUCAUCGGCUGUUGAGCGGAUCGAGACCGCCGCUGCGUUGCCCGGACCAGCAGCCGCAAAACGACGGCUGUUCCGAUGGGACCGGAAGGGCAUUCGUCCCGCUGGCGCAGCCUCCAAAGGCAAAGUGGCCAAAGUCAAAGUGACAAAGACGCAAGCCACAGCCGCACGCCACGCCAGGACCCUGGAACAGGUCAUCAACGCCGGCAUGGGUCUGAGUCCCGAAAUGCCACGUCAGCGAUCCGCACCAGAAGGCGACACGCCUGGCAUCGGGUCACCCGGGAAGGCGGGGAAGAAGAAGGUUGCGCGUGCGAAGCCGGUUCCUGUGGUGAAGAAGUCGGAGCUCAACGGGCUCAAGUCAGCAUUGUUGGACGCCAAGAAAGCCAACAACAUCAUCAGCGAACUUCGAGCUAUGCCCGUGCCAGCUAAUAUGAUGCGUGCGGGUCAGGCUUCAACCGUUCCAGAUGCCAAGAUCGGCACCGCCGGUGAACAUGGACAAGAGCGGAUCCUCACGGCCCAGCUGCCUGAUUCGGUUCUGGACGGUCCUAAGGACGACAGCGAUAUCCGCAAAAGAUCAGGCGCAACAGCAGAGGCGCUCGACGCAUCCACACCAGCACGACCACCGAUCGAGCGAAAGGCGAAGAGUGCCGCAGAGGAGGCGCUCCGAAGGAUCACAUUGCAAGCAGACGCUACAACCUCGCCGCAGAAGGCCCUGGUCAGUGCUCGAACUUCAUCGCUUCCUCCCACCGCCGAGGAUGAUGUUGCUUCGCAGCCGGCAGCACAGCCUGUCGCCGCGACAGCCACAGCAACAAAGGCAGGACCAGCUUUGGCCGGGCCUCGACCACUCAAAGUCGUCUGUCUCGACUGCGGCGAGCAGGAGGCGCAUCAACGACACGCGCAGCAUCUCGAAGCAGCUUCGGUGAUCAAGGAUGGUGCCGCUGCCACCCAGACUGGCGGCGGCUUCAACGUAGCUGCAAUCGCAUCUGGCGCGGGGGCCGCCAUCGUUGGGGUCGGUGCCAUCCUGGGCGCGCGCUCUGCCGCCACUCCAGCUGAAGCUAGCCCGGUGACCGCGAAAGCGCAGUCGUCCAGCGCCCGACCACCCAUGCUCAAAAGCAUGUCCGUCGCCAAUCUGCCAUCGCUCCAGGACGCACCGCGGUUAAUGGGAUCGACACCGCUGCAGCUGCUUAUGGACCCCGUCGGCACCGCCGCGCAAAGCUCGGGUGCCUUCGACAUGCUGGCCGACGUUUCGGGAGCCGCCAUCCGCGCCACACAAGACAUGGAGAACAUCCACCCGCCUCUCGACCGCAUGGCCAUCUUUGUGCACUGGUGGGGCUUCGAGAUCACCCUCCCGAAAGCCUCGAUGGCCUACCUCGGCACAGCGCAUUCGGUCUCGGGUGCCUUCCUCUCCUUCCUCCAGACCAUGGCUGUGGGCGGAGGCGUGCCCGAGUUGCUUCCCUUCAUCAAGUACAUCUCCACCUACAUGGAGGUCGAGUACAAGGCGAUUCAGGCGCAGGAUCAAGGAUAUGGCGUGUGCAUCGCUGGGACUUGGUUCAUGCCCAUGGCGCUGGUGCCGCGUCCGUGGGACUAUCCGCUCGACGGGCCGAUCGGAGAGAAGCCAGGCGCAGGAGCGCCAUCCAUGGCAGCGUCAUUGCUUGCUUCGACCGGACAGAGUGCGGCGCCCGCUUUGAUGCCAGCGCCGGCCCUGAUCAACGACACUGCGGCAUCACCCAAGAAGCACAUCCUCAAGAAGAAGAAGUCUGCCGUCAUUACUCAGGCCAUCUCUGCAGCGUAA